AUGUCACGGUCAUUGACGACCCUGGACUUUGAGUCAAAGGGGAUAGUCAUUUUGAGACACAAAAAUUACUCAGACACAAAUGGAGCCAUUCUUGAACUUCCUUAUUUCAAUCAUCUUCAAUUUUUAAUUUUUUCAUUCCCUAAUGCACAUAAUUUAUCGAAAGGAGCAUUCCGAAGCUUUGAAAACAUUUCAUCUCUCGAUUUGCCCGACAUUGGUGAGCUACAGACACAGCUUCUGCAGUCUGGAAUCAGCAGAAUAUAUAUGAUUUCCUUCGAAUCCAUUUGUGAAAUUUUCAAUGACACAAAUAUUGUUACUUAAUCCUAAAUUCAAGAACAACUACAUAACAUCUGAGAAAAGUUUAUUUGGCCUGCACAGCUUGGAAACCCUACUGCUGUAUGAUAACCCACUUAUACAUAUUGAAGCAUCUGCAUUCAUCCACCUUAUUUUGCUGAAGGAAGUAAAUUUGGACUUUCGCCCUCCAACCAGUGAGUUAGAGACAAGUGUGAAUCUGACACACUUAUUUGGUGUCUUCCCUCAAGGUCUGACUCACAUGAACAUUAGCUCCUGGUGUCCUCUUACCAUCAUCAUUGUCAGCGACAGAGCCCCAAAACCAGGCUUCGCUUUAAAACUCAGCUCUCCAUCGACUGUGAUCUUCCAGGACUGCUGGAGGUCAUUAUUUCGGUCAGUUGUCUUCCUCAAUGUCAUGAUAGGACGACUCCUGUGUUGUUCUGACUUCUUUGAAUGGUACUCCACCUCCCUGCAGGAGAUUGAGUUCCGGCUGGUUUCCUCAACAGAGUUUGGACAUGUUGCACCCCAUACGGACAUGACUGACCUGAACACACUAGUGCAGAGAGAUCUGAAGCUAAUGAACGUGGACCUCAUCGUGCAGCCAGCACUGGGCAGCAUGUUUCCACAACCUGACUAGGCUGGAGAGCUUGAGUCUGAUCUACUGUAGAAUCCUUCCUCUGGGGGAGGAGUUGAGUAGAGACCUGCACUUCCUCAGGCUCCUAUAUGUGGAUGUGACAGAGGAGUUUAGUGUGAUGGAGAAAUUUUCAGAACCUCAGACCAGCCUGAGGUAUGUGAAGUUCUACUAUCCUCGCCUGCACUGCAGCUGUGAGAACGCCUGGCUGGAGAACUGGGCCAGGGGACAGAGACAAAUCCAGGUCAUCAUAUGGCAUGCUGUGGAGCUGGCGAUAACGUGCAAAAAUUAAGAUGGCAUCCAGAGCUUCCCCAAGAGGCCAACUGUUCCCUGGACAUGGGCUUUUUCCUCUUCAUAUGCACCUCCCUGAGCCUGCUCCUCUUCAUAAUUUUGGUCCUGCUCAAUCAGCUGGCUGGAGACAACCUGCUGGCCCUCUGUCACAUUGCCCGAGGCUGGAUGGAGGAGGCUGUGCGGAGGCCCAACCCCAGGGAGCGAUACCGCUAUGAUGCCUUUUAA